CUUCAAGAAAGCGGUAUGACCGACUCAUCCGAAAAUGCCUUUGCCAUGGUUCUUUCUAGUGGUGGAGAUUUGUUUGAUGCAGAACUAGAAUCUGAUGGCGAAGUAUCAAGUCGUGAACGGCGUCCACCACCUUCAGACUACGACGAAAGUGACGCUUGCAGUCUUCUAGCAUUAAAACAAAAACGCAAACGGCGCAAAGCAAAGACGUCGAGGAAGAAUGCCAAGGCACCGAACAACCGUUCUAAGAAGCAACUAGAACUUCUUCACAGCGAAUCUCAGCGCUUGAUGAGAGGGAGACCUAUAGACUUGCCUCAGUAUACGCCUAAACCAAAGAGCCUAGAAGAUGUGAUUGCGAAAAUGAGUACCAAAUCAUGUAACAAGUUGAAAAGUAGUUAUGUGGCAGAGGCAAGGGAGCUGGAUUCUGGCAUUUGCAUGGAUUCAUUUUCAUCUUUUCAACAGAAAACUGUUGACUCGGUUCCUAAGCUAAGUGAUUGUCGUGAUGACUUUUUCUAUGAGUCACCAGAGACCAGUAUUGGAGUUCAUGCUGACACAAUGCUACUUUCACUUAUGAAACACAUUAAACCAGAGAAGCAGGACAGAUCAGAUGCUAAUGUGCAAAAUCACAAGCACUUCGUACUGGAUCAGAGCACAACCCCAGGAGAAAAUAGAAGGUUGUUGAAUUGGCGGUUGAGAGAAAGUAUGAAAGUCAAGCGUGCUAGGCUACGGGAACAAGCUCUUGCAGCUAGAAAACUAGAUGAAGAAGAGUUCAGUGUUGGUGAAGACGAAGGUGAAGCAGAAAUUACAGAUGGAGACACAAGCAUGUCAGAGUCUGGAUGUGAAGACUGCAAGUCAGAUGAACAAUGCAGUAAUGAAAUUGUUGCUAAUAACAGAGAUAAACCAACUGACUGUAUGGAAAAACUGGAAUUGUCUGACAGUGAAAUUGAUGAUAAUGGCACUCAAUUGUUUGUUGACCAGUCCAAAGACACUCUGCCUGAAAGCUUGGAAAGAUCACCAUCUUCUAUGUUACACAUUUGUAAGCAGAAUGAUUUAUCCAAGUGCCGAAAAGAUAUACAUUUUGAUUGCAUGAUUGACCUAUUUGAUGUCAAUGGGUCAGACAAUGAGUUUGAUGAGGACAGUGUUUCUGAAGUCAAGAAAAGCCAAGUUGAUUGUAGGUGUGAACUUACAGGCACUAGACCAUUUGGAAUAUUUAGUUCACAGAUGACAUCUAAACCUGAUGCUUGUACUUUACCGGAACAUGACAGAUCUGCCCAUCCAGUCUCUGAUUUUGAUGUAGCUGCCAAUUUUUCUGAGGAUAAAGCACGAUUGGUAGUGUUGAAGCACAUGUACAGCAAUGCAAGCUCCAUCGACAGUGUUGGUUAUGGUGUCAGUCGGCGUGGUACACCUGACAUGUUCUCUCAACCACCAAUGUUACAAACUGGGUCACUAAUCCCGAAUUACAAGUUUUCAAUGCCAAUUGAAGAUUCACAGGACUUAUAUAAUGAUACUGAGAUGAGUUUAUUGCCAGCACAACGCCCUUUACCUGAAGAAGCACUUCUUCAGAUGGAAGACAAAUCUUGCCUAAAUGAUGAAGAGACUUGCCUGUUUGACUCUCAGGGUUUCUUCAAGAAACGGACCAACCACGGAGCAUCAACUUGGAGUUAUCCACGAGCUUCUUCAUUUGACACAGCUGUUAGCACUGCCAGUAACAGCCAAGACAGCUCUAAUAUGGAGGAGCUUUUGGGACUGUGUUCAGGGACAUUUAGUAGCCGCACUCAAGUUGAGGUUGGUAACAUCAUCACAUCCACUGCUUGUGAAGCUUCAGAACCAAAACUAUUUGAUGAAAGUGCUGUCAAUGCGGAUAGUAAUGAUGAUCCAAUGCAGGAGCUCAUUGGCUUGUGUUCGGGAAACUUUGCAAGCCGAUUUCCUGCAUUUACCAACAACACUAAUGGCAAGUGCAAUGAGGCAGAGGACGAAGCAGCUAUUGAUGCAGGUGAUGACAAUAAUGAUAUUGAUGAUGACUCUGAUGAAGAUGAAGACUUGAUACCAAACAAAAAUAUCAAGAAGUCUAAGCCUAAACUGCCUGAACUGGCGAAAAGUCUUCAAGCUGCGCAGUUGGCUCAGUUUUUGGAGAAUGAAGCAGAACUGUCUGGCAGUGAUGCUGUUUCUAGUGAUGAUGAUGACAAUUCAGACUUGGAUGAAUAUGAAGCAGACCUUGAGGCAGACGAAGAAAUAGCUUUACUGACACAUAUUAACUUACAGAAGCAGGUUGAGAAGAUACACCACAAAGAGAUGCUAAUGCAGGAUAGGGAGGACAUUGAAGCAUUCAAAGACAGGUAUCUUGGAGAGGAUUAUGAAGAGGGUCUUGAUCUCAAGACAGGGCUUUUCCGAUCAAAGAGAUAUGUUAGGCAAUUUGAGAAGGGUUCUCAAACUGAUCUGUUCAGUCAACCUGAUACCUCUUCACUUCCUGACGAUGGUGAUGAUAGUUGUAGCCAGCUGGAGACGAAAAGAAGGCGGCAACGUUUUGAACGGGAUAACUUUAUAAAAGAAGAACGGUUAAAAGAGAAAAGCAGCUUCCUACUUGAAAAUGAUGAAAAUAGUCAAAGCAUUUUGAACAUGAUAAAAGAUGAGAAUAACAGCAAUGCAGCUAGCUCAAGUGAGUGUGUAUUUUGUGUAGCUCUUGUAUGUAAGCAGAGUGUGAGUUGUUUCACAACACUGUAUUUUUGA